AUGGCUGCUCUAACCCCGGCAGACCAAGGUCUCCAAGAACGCAUCCUCAGCCACAUGAACACCUCUCACACUCGCGAGCUCACGCAUUACCUCCGCCAUUACUGCGGCCUCACCCCAAGCCAAGCCCGGGGAGCGUCCCUGCGAGACGUCACACUCCAGGGCAUGCGCAUCCGUGCCGGCGGCGCCGACUACGUCGUCCAUUUUAAACCCGCUCUGCAAUCAUGGAGUGACGUGCGCCCCCGGAUUAUUGAAAUGGACGCCAUUGCCCGCGAGAGCCUGGGCAUCAGCGGCAUUUACAUGGCUCGAUACCACGCUCCUGGUUUCGGAGAUGCCAUUGUCCUUGCCACAGUCGUCUUCUACUUCGCCUCCUUCCUCGCCUUGCCGUGGAUUGUGCCCGGGUCUCUCGUUUGGGAUAUCCUCGCUGCCUAUUUCCCCGGUGGACCGGAGACGUUCGCUUGGGCCGUCAAGCUCAUUUUCUACCCCGUACUCGCCAUCCAUUUGCUCGAACCCAUCGUGCUGGACGUGACGAGGCUCCAGAAGCAUGGCGUGGACAGGUGGUCUGGCCUGUGGUGGAUGUGGAUGGUGAGCUGUUUCUUUGAGGGUCUCCUGGUGUUCAGGAGGUUUGACCGCGCCAUUGCCGAGAAGAGAGCCGAGAAGGAGGCGAAGAAGCAGUAG